AUGGCGGAAACGGCGGUGAUCAUCGUCGGAGCCGGACCGGCGGGGCUGGCGACGUCGGCGUGCUUGAAAAAGCUCUCGAUUCCGAACAUAGUUCUGGAGAAAGAGGAAUGCCUGGCGUCUCUGUGGAGGAACCGAUCGUACGAUCGCCUCCAUCUCCACCUCGCCAAGGAGUUCUGCGGGUUGCCCUACAUGCCGCAUUCCGCCGCGAGCCCUACCUACAUUCCCCGGGACUCCUUCGUCCGCUACUUGGACGAGUACGCUCUCCGCUUCGGGAUUAGCCCUAGGUACCGACGCUGCGUGGAGUCGGCGCGUUUCGACGAGGCGGAGGGGAAGUGGCGCGUGCUGGCUCGCCGCCACGGCGGCGAGGAGGUGGAGGAGUAUAAGGCGCCGUUUUUGGUGGUCGCUAGCGGCGAUAAUGCGGAGGGGAUUGUCCCGGAGAUUCCCGGGAGGGAGGUGUUCGCAGGGGAGAUUGUUCACUCCUGUGGGUAUAAGACCGGGAAGAAGUAUGAAGGGAAGGAGGUGCUGGUGGUCGGAUGUGGGAACUCCGGCAUGGAAAUUGCUUAUGAUCUCUCCAACUAUGGAAGCCAUGCAUCUAUUGUUGUUAGAAGCCCGGUUCAUGUUUUUACCAGAGAUAUGAUACGUGCCGGAAUGACAUUACUGAACUAUCUGCCACUUUAUAUGGUGGACAUGGCUAUUUCCUGGUGCGCCAAGCUCAAAUAUGGCGAUUUGUCCAAGUACGGGUUGCGAUCGCCGCCGGAAGGUGCAUUCUACCUGAAAGCGUCAACCGGUAGAUCUCCGGUCAUCGACGUUGGGACCAUCCACAAGAUCAAGAUCGGAGAAAUCAAGGUAGUACCCGCGAUUCAUGAGAUUAAGGAGCGAAGUGUGGUGUUCAAGGAUGGGCGCGAGCAAAACUUUGAUGCAAUAGUGUUUGCAACCGGGUACAAGAGCUCGGCCGCUAAAUGGCUCAAGGUAAUGAAAUUUUUCGAUCAGGGCAAGAAUGGGAACGGGAAUGCAAUGUGGAAAGGUGAAGAGAAGGGUUUAUACAUGGCAGGGUUUACGAAGAAAGGGAUACUGGGAAUAAAGAUGGAUGCAGAAGUCAUAGCCAGUGACAUUGAGAUGACUAUCAGAAAGCUGGGCAUGUAG